ACUCUGAUACUCUUACCAGAGCCUCAUUUGUUUCACGUCCUCUUAACGAUAUCCUCUGUUUGCAGUUAAGAAAAGCAAAUCAUGGCUGCUACCACGGUCCCAGCCGCCGCAAGGCAGCUAUCUCCUAAAGAAGCCGAUAUCCAGAUGAUGUUGGCUGCCGAGGUCCAUCUCGGUACCAAGAACUGUGAUUUCCAAAUGGAGCGUUACGUCUUCAAGCGUCGCAAUGACGGAAUUUACAUCAUCAACCUUGGCAAGACCUGGGAGAAGCUUCAGCUUGCUGCUCGUGUAAUUGUCGCUAUAGAGAACCCUCAAGAUAUCAUUGUCCAAUCUGCAAGACCCUAUGGUCAGAGGGCUGUCUUGAAAUUUGCUCAGUACACUGGUUGUCAUGCCAUUGCUGGAAGGCACACUCCUGGUACAUUCACUAACCAACUCCAGACAUCUUUCAGUGAGCCACGCCUUCUUAUCCUCACAGAUCCUAGGACCGACCACCAGCCUAUCAAGGAAGCAGCUCUUGGAAAUAUUCCUACCAUUGCUUUUUGUGACACAGACUCACCAAUGCGAUAUGUUGACAUUGGUAUUCCUGCUAAUAACAAGGGAAAGCACAGCAUUGGCUGUCUUUUCUGGCUGUUAGCUAGGAUGGUUCUUCAGAUGCGUGGUACAAUUGCUCCUGGACAGAAGUGGGAUGUGAUGGUGGAUCUAUUUUUCUACAGGGAGCCUGAGGAAGCUAAACAACAGGAAGAGGAGGAAGCAGUUGCUGCUCCUGAUUAUGGACUCCCUGCUGCAGAUUUUGGAAUGAGUGCUUUAGGAACUGACCAAUGGCCCUCCCAAAUGGGUGAUCAGUGGUCAGCUGAUGUGGUUCAGCCACCAAUUUCGGGUGUCCCUGCAAUUAACUGGGGUGAUCAAGUUGCUGUUAGCGCUGAUGUUUGGGAUCCUGCAAGUGCUCCACCACAAAUCCCUGGCCCUGGAAUCGAUGUAUCUGCUCCUGCUCCCACUGGCUGGGAGUGAGGUUUUCUUAUUUUUGCAAAUGUUUUUCCUAUUGAAAAAAAUUUGUUAUUGUGAUGGUAUCUGUGAUUUUGACACGGGUUAGUUUGUAGUUUCCAUAGACUUGAAUGACUUGCUAGAGAUUUUUGUUUUAUUCGGUCAUCCUAAGGCUUUCAGUUCUCGUA